GAAGAAUCGAGACUGACCAACUGUGCGAGUUCGAAGGGCGCAGCGGCACAGCUGCAGUGGGCAGAUCGAAGAGGUCGUCUUCUGCAUAGCAAUGCGCUGCAGGCGGGGAUUGUUCGACUAGGUUGGUAAUGCCACAGGCCUCAUUUAGACCAUGGCCACGGGAGGCGCAGCCGGCGACGCACCCAAUGCCUCUGUCUCGCUGUCCGACCAGCUCCGCUCGGCUAGCCCCGAGUACCUCAUCCUGGUCGCCCUUGCGGCGCUGGGUUUCCUGGUCCUUCUAAGAGCCCUUUCCCGGUUCUUGAGAGGCAUCUGGUGUGUGUUUUUGCGCCCAGGCAAGAACCUUUCUCACUACGGUAAAUGGGCGGUCGUGACAGGUUGCACGGAUGGCAUUGGCAGGGGUUUUGCGCUCGAACUGGCACGCAAGAAGCUCUCGGUUGUGCUCAUCUCUCGGAAUCAGACAAAGCUGGUGGAGCUUGCACAGGAGAUUGAGAGCAAGUACAAGGUUGAGACGAGGGUUUUGGCAGUGGACUUCACUGAAGGGGGGGAGCUGCAGUCAAUCAUCGACCGUGUGGAAGCGACACUGUCAGACUUGGAUGUUGGCAUCCUCAUCAACAAUGUGGGGCUGAGCUACCCGCAUGCGCAGUACUUGAACGAGCUCGAUGUGAUGCUGAUUGGCGACCUCAUCCGUGUGAACGUCGAGGUCACAACGCGGCUGACGAGGUCCGUCAUUCCUGGGAUGCUGAAGAAACGCCGGGGCGCAAUCGUGAACGUCGGCUCGGGGGCGGCGACCGUGCUUCCAUCGGACCCGCUAUACGCAGUCUAUGCAGGCACAAAAGGGUUCGUCGACCAGUUCUCUCGCACUCUCGCUGUGGAGUACAAGCAAUGGGGCAUUGAUGUCCAGUGUCAGGCGCCCCUAUACGUGGCCACCAAGAUGUCCAAGAUUCGCAAAUCGUCCCUCACCUGUCCGAGCGCCAAUGUGUACGCGCGCUCUGCGCUGAAAGCCAUAGGCUAUGAGUCCCGCGUGACCCCUUAUUGGGCGCACGCCAUCAUGUGGUGGAUAGUGGCGUCGCUGCCGGAGCAAGUCAUGGACACGAUUAGGCUGAAGCAGAAUCUGGGGAUUCGGAAAAAGGCCCUGAACAAGCAUGCACAGAAAAAGAUUGGGGAGAAGAAGUCGUCUUAGCUAAUCGUAGAAGUCUUUUCUUCUUUUACGAACAGGCGAGUACCCAAUGUAGUGAGUAAUCAAGGACUGUGCAUGUGCUAAGGCUUUGACGAUACAUUCCCGCGAGAAGCUCAAGUGCAUAACGGUGUGAUUGUCUGGGCGCUCAAUCAGCGAGUUUCGACGUCUGCCAUGUGAAAGUUUUCAUGGACUGUACUUUUGCAAAAGUACGACCUUGAAUUGGUAGCAUGUAAGGGAGGCAGAUUUGAAAACCCUGAGUACGAUCAGUGCGGAUAUGGCGAGAUAGUUGACCAUGUCUAGGUUGACAACUUUUUACCUUGCUUUCGCGCACAGACGAGGCAUGAA